UCGCCACCAAUCCGCCCCUUGCAUUUUUAGAUCAAUGAGAAAGAGAGAGAGGAGAGGGGGGGUGGGGGGUGCUGUGUAUUUUCAGCCUCCCUGACAGCUGUGCAGAUACCCCACGUACGUGCUCACAUCAGACACUCAGACAGAGAGAGCGAGCAGAGGCUGGCGUCUUUCUUUUUCGCUCUGCGUAACCCAGCUUCCCGGAUUUCCCUUCAACUUUUUUUGCGUAUUUUUUAUACCAUUUUCCUCAUCCCUCCGUCCAUCCAUCCGAGGCUUUGGAAUGAACUGUCUCCCUGCCUGCGUCGUUUCCAUGUCAGCAUGGGAACUGCCGUGUCCAAGAGGAAGAAUUUGAGAAACGAUGCGAUAUCUUCUGUGGCAGCAAAAGUUAGAGCAGCACGAGCAUUUGGAGAGUACCUGUCCCACACACACCCUGAAAACCGAAACGGAUCAGCUCAUCUCCUGUGUGAAACGUUGGUGGGUCCUGACCCGGAGUUGCAAAGUGACAAGAUUGGCCCCGACAACAACAAUCACCUCCACUCGUGCUCCAACACAAAGGGCUGUAAAGACAAACCGGAGCCCAGUCUAGUGAAGCAGCCGCUGGGCUUACUCCAGCCCCCUCCCCCUGCCAUCACCAUUUCUACCAAGCCACCGCGGCUGUCCCUCGAACGCAGCUUCUCAGCAGAGGAAGACCAGCAGAAGUUUGUGGAGUGCACCCUGCAGCCGGCCCGCGUGUACACCAUCACCACCCAGCACGGUAUGCUGAUGAGCAGCGGCCGGGGCAGCAAGGAGAGCUUAGAACUGGACGUCCUAAAGGAGAAGCCGGGGAGUGGCGGGGUGGGAUCUAGAGGUGUGUCGGUCCAGCCCUCCACUUCCCCAUCCUCCGCUUCAUCAUCUCCAACGCAAUACCACCGCGCCAGCAGCGGCCGUGGCACCAGCAGCAGCCACCAUCACAGCAAUCAUCACCACCACGGCAACCACCACUCGAAUGCACCAUCCGGCAGCGGAGGAGGCGGCAGCGGGGCCAGCGGAAGCAGCAGUAGCAACCAGCAGCAGUUAACUGUGGCAGGGUCCCACUCCCAUCAUGCAGCGCACCACCACGCCCACCACCACCAUCACCUGUCCCAACCUCCGCUGCAGACCUCAGUCAGCGCCCACAACAUCCGCAGCUGGGGAGAGGGCGGGAAAGCGGAGGCGGAGUGCAGCGGUUUGGCUUGUGACUCGUGCAGCGGCGCUCCGUCGCGCAGCCAGGGCUCGCUGGACCUGGAAAGCGCGUCCAGAGAGGCAGGCAAGCAGCACCGACGCCUAGAGCGGAUGUGGAGUGUGGACCGGGUGACUGGGCUGGAGAGAGAAGACACCAACUGGUUCCCAAAGGAAAACAUGUUCAGCUUUCAAACUGCCACGACAACCAUGCAGGCGUGAGUGGCUUUCCGGGGAUUUAUGCAGAGAAAAAGGAGAGAGAGGGAGCAGGAUUCGGCACAAGUCAUCCAGAGGAACUUCCGGAAGCAUCUUCGGAUGGUGGGCAGCAGAAGGAUUAAAGCACAGACGUUCGCUGAGCGUAGAUCGAAGAGUUUCAGCCGUUCUUGGAGCGAUCCCACCCCUGUCAAGACUGACUCUCCUCAUGACCCCAAAGACAGUGGAGACCUGCAGACCUCCUGUGGCACCUUGGAUGAAGGAGGUCUGGAUGACAAUAUUGACUGGGAGGAGGAAAGGGAGAUGGAGCGGCUUGCCUGUGAGGGGGACGACUUUGUACCUCCUAAAAUCAUGCUGAUCUCCUCGAAGGUCCCCAAGGCGGAGUACGUUCCCACCAUAAUCCGCAGGGAUGACCCUUCCAUCAUCCCCAUCCUCUAUGACCACGAGCAUGCGACUUUUGAUGAUAUUCUGGAGGAAAUCGAGAAGAAGCUCACAGCGUACAGGAGAGGAAGCAAGUUCUGGAGGAUGCUCAUCUUUUGUCAGGGAGGCCCUGGUCAUCUGUAUCUGCUGAAGAAUAAAGUGGCGACCUUUGCUAAGGUGGAGAAAGAAGAAGACAUGAGCCAAUUCUGGAAGAGACUCAGUCGCUUCAUGAGCAAAGUCAACCCGGAACCAAACCUGAUCCACAUAAUGGGAUGCUAUGUCCUGGGCAACCCCAACGGAGAGAAGCUGUUCCAGAAACUGAAGAAUCUGAUGAGGCCUUAUUCUGUCGAGUUCGAGUCACCGCUGGAGCUGUCUGCGCAAGGCAAAGAAAUGAUUGAGAUGUACUUCGACUUCCGCCUGUACCGCCUUUGGAAAACACGUCAACACUCCAAACUCUUGGACUACGAGGACUUUUUGUGACAAAAGACGCUGGGAUGACGGACGCAGCGGAGCCCUCCAGUGCCAUGAGGAAACCUGUUAACGCUGAUCCAGUGACUGAACAUUGCUCAACCGUAGUGCUCGGCCCUUCAACCCAAUAUAAACAGUCACGCCUGCUUUCAUCCUGGAGGAAAGGCAAUAGCAGAACCAAGAGGCUGAAGAGAAGGUUAAAGGACGCUGUGCCUCUGCUCUUCCUCGUUUCCAGAGUGAAGGCCACGGACUAACGACAAAAAAAACGGCCAAAACGGUACAAAAAAAAAAAAAAAAAAAAAAAAAAAGGGGGGGAAGCUGAAGACAGAUGGACUAUCUACAUCAUAGUCGCCCAUAUCUGUCCGCUUGUCCAGUCUGAAAGCAAAAUCCAAAUUUUAAGUGCGUUAAAAAAAAAAAAAAAGAAAAAAAAAGAUCUGAGUCACACCUCAGUUAGCGAGGUCGUAUUUUCUGAAGCGCUUCAGAAAAGUGGCUCAUCCUGUCAUAAUACGGUUCUGUGUCUCGAACGGAUCCUCUCAGAUAAUCUCGGACCCCGGAGACAUCCAUGAAUAUCCCAUACGUCGAUGUGUGUAUAUAUCCCAUGAAUAUAUUAGCAUAGCUUCAGUCAUGCAAAUAAUACUAUAUGAGAUUAAUGAUGCAUUCAUUUAUUUUUGAUGUGCAUUGUUGUGCAGUUUCAUAUGGAAAUACUUUGGAAUAACUCAGGUUUUAGCCAUGAAGUAAUUAAUCUGUUUGUCUAUUCUAUCAAGAUAUUGUAAUCUUCAUCACCAUCGCUUGGGACGAAUGUAUUCUCUCUCUGAGGAACUGGGGAAAGAAAAAAAAAAGUACAAUGUGCUGACUUGGAGCGUGUGCGUGCGUUUUCCAUGUUUUUAAAAAAAGUAGAAAACAUUCAAACAUGUGCAUUUUCUGCUACGGAAAGCAAAAGAAUUAUCACCAUCAUCCCCCGUAGUUAUCCUCCCGUCACAUAUGUCUGCACACGAAGACAGUCUAGUGUGAUUCAUGAUGUCAACAGGGAUGUAACAGCCAUCCAAAUGCUCCUGGAGUGUAGGAGUGUAUUGAGCCCUCCUGCUCUUUUCGUUUGAUUUUUUAUUUUGCAGAAGUUUCAGGCCACUUAGCUGGGCCCCCGUCAACAGCACGCUGCCAAACACUCUUGGCUUCGCUUAAUGGCAGCCAAACGAGCUUCCACCACCUCCUCUCACUUCGCUGGGCUGUGAUCCAGUCUGAAGACCGGAGCUCUCUGAAUUAAUCAGAUCUGCCAGGAGUUUAAGUUGUUAACGGCUAUCUGCUCCUCCUGCCAGGUGCCAGCUAGUUAAAAAAGCAGGCCAGAAAUAUGCAGUGUGUGUCCUAGACCGGUCACGCCGCUGGGUGACCUGAGCAUACGGAUUAAAGAUGCAUACACACACACACACGAAUGCUAUAGGGCUGGGAUAAAAUACAAAAUCCAUAAAUCAGGACUAAGUUAAAGGGCGACUCCACAGACACCACAUAUGUAGGUCAGUAUGUGAUUUUUUUUUUCUUUCCUAUUUCUGGCUCUGGGGGAACAUUUUUGCAGGAAAUAACUUGUUUUUUUUUAAGCAGAGCUUGUUUAGUGCCGACUUUGAAUGAUGUAUAAUGUUUAUAUAGACAGUGACUGAAAGAUGGCAUCAAGUUGCAUUAUGGGAAGUGUAGGAUUUAGUGUUUUGGGGGAGUUUGACGGGAUAUUUUCACAUUUUUCGAAACAAAUAUGUCUCUAAAGCAUCUCAGCUUUUUGAAAAUGCAACACUACAUCACAGACUACCCCUUUAAUGCCAUUUUGAGCAUUAUGAGAGAACAUUUUAGUCACCAAAAUGGUCUACUUUUAUCGUGCAAGUAACUAAAAUCUCAGUUUUUGUGUUCGAUUUCUUGAGUUGUUCCCACAAAAGGCUCCACUGAAAGCAGAUCUGAUGAAAAGCAUCAGCCUAAGGAACAAGCCGAGACCUCAGUGUUGAGCAUUUGUGCUUCAUGAGUGCCGCAUCAAAGGAGCGAAAUUGUUGGAAAACGCGUUUGUGAUUUACUUGAUGAAGGGAUUAUGAGCGGCGCAGCGCGUCAGUCACGCCACACGUCGUCGCUCAGUCGAUCAGACUGAACGUCAGCAGCACCGCGGAGUGUAAUACCAAAUCGGUUGCUGAGUGUUCGCAUUAAGGGUGCCGAGAGUUCACAGUUUGCAUGGGGAGAGCUUUUAGAUUAGUGUGGGCAAAUGGUCCCGGCCCUGCAGAACACACAAACACCAGGCAAACAUCUGCGUACGGUAAAUACUUCUCCAGUUAUUUAUUUGUGUGGAUGUGUUAAUAUUUGAGCAUUUAUGUGCAGAACAGUUUUUUUGUGUUAAAGUCAACCAAUCUCACUGGAGUGUUCUCUAUAAGCAGGACUUUAGUUUUUUCCCCUUUUAUUUGCCCUCUCUGACAUUGCAACGCUGGCCUACAGUGUGUCUGGCACAGACAAGUGCUCUCAGCCUGAGUCAUGCAGUACAUGUUUUCACUACAGAUUUAAAAAUCCAACAGUUACGCAACCCGCCAUUUCACUGAGCCGUUUUAAUUCCAGCAAAAAGCAUUAAGCUGCCAAAUUCUCAAAGAAGUUGCCUGAAACAGCUGCUGGGUUUAAUAGAACAUUUUUUUGUCUGAACUUCACCCCUGGUAUCAGAAACGUGGACAAAGCAGCAAAGUUUGAAUUCAGUCCAAAAGGUGCCACAGGACAAAAAAGAAACGUCAUAUCUAUUCUAUGAAGGAAACACUGAUUGAUUUAUCAUCCCGUUUGAAUUUACUGGGCUGAACUGACCAUGAUGUGAAGAGCACUCUGACUCAGGAGUUUGAGAGAGCUUUCUUCUGUUUUCUUCUUCAGCAAAAAGAAAAAAAACAAAACACCGGAAAUCUAAUUAAAGAUGCAAAUGUGUCUAUUUCUCUGA